AUGUCACCUGAGGUGUUUGUGUUUGCCCAUCAGCGCUACAUCUGGGUGGUCUCAGAGAAUGGGCCCAGCGUCAUCCAAGGGCUGUGGCUGCCGUCAGGGGGGGAAGGUGAUGAGUGGUACCUCUGCAGGCUGAGCCUGAGUUUGCCCACCCUGGCAGACCUGCAGUGGGGCAUGUUCCCCCAGCCCUACCUGGGCGCAGUGGGACCUGACGCCGCACCAGGCUCUGUGGUCUACCGCCUCACCGCCCGCCAACGAGACGGCACAAUAGGAAACGCCCACUUCCUGCUACUGGACGGCGGCGAGGAUUCGUUUGAAGUGGACCGCAGCUCUGGGGAGGUCAGGACCACAGGCCGACCCCUGACCCCCAGCAGGGAGUACACGCUGAAGGUGCAGGUGGUCGACACGCAGGGCAGGAAGGGUCCCCCUGCAACAGUGGCUAUUCUGGCAGGGUUCCGCCCCCCACAGUUCACCAACGCCUCCUACACCCUGACUGUCCCAGAGAACACGCCCGUGGGCCAAGCUGUGGCGAUGGUGGGGGCCGUCUCCUUCCAGAGGAAGACUCUCUCCUACAUGCUGCUGGUGAACCCUGGCAACCUGUUCAGUGUCAACCAGGAGAGUGGAGCUCUCAGCCUCACCCGGACAGUGGACUUUGAGAGUGGACACACACUCCACACGCUGCAAGUCAGGGCCUCCGAGCCAGACACAGGCCUCAGCGGUGUGGCAGAGGUCCCUGUGGCCAACGUGUGCCUGGCAACCAGGCAGGACCCUGUGGCCAACGUGUGCCUGGCAACCAGGCAGGACCCUGUGGCCAACGUGUGCCUGGCAACCAGGCAGGACCCUGUGGCCAACGUGUGCCUGGCAACCAGGCAGGACCAUGUGGCCAACCUGUGCCUGGCAACCAGGCAGGACCCUGUGGCCAACGUGUGCCUGGCAACCAGGCAGGACCCUGUGGCCAACGUGGUGCUUCACAUCACAGAUGAGAAUGACUGCACUCCAGAAUUCCUCCAUUCCAUUUACAGCCGGGAUAACAUUCCCGAAGCCACCGCGCCUGGAACGUCACUGCUACAAGUUCUAGCGAGGGACUGUGACACAGGGCUCAACUCAGAGCUCUCCUACUUCAUCCAGAGUCCCGACUUUGCCAUCUCUUCCAGGGGUGUGAUCAGCCCCAGCCAACGGUUGGACUACGAGCGGCCAAAUCACAUGUACGAGUUUGUGGUGGUUGCCGUGGACAACGGGACUCCACCCCGCACCGGGACCGCCUCCAUCCGGUUCAGAAUGGCCAAUACCAACGACGAGGCUCCUAUCUUCUCUCAAGCUGUCUAUAAGACGUUCUUGUCGGAGGACGCUGGUCCUGACACUCUGGUAGCCAUUGUCCACGCCAAUGACCCUGAUGGAGACGGGGUCUCUUACGCCAUCACUGGCGGCAACGAGGACAGUAACUUUCAGCUGGACAACCAGAAGGGCAUCAUCAAACUGCGGCGGAGCCCCCCUCCUAUCCUGCGUGGCCCCCAGUACAUCCUCAACAUUACCGCCACUGAUGACAACGCGGCAGACGGACCCUAUCCCCUCAGUAACUCCGCCCAGGUCAUAGUGGGCAUCAACGACAUCAACAACAACAAGCCUGUCUUUGAAGAGUGCCAUAACUACAGUGUCAACACCGGUGUCCUGGAGAACCAGCCCCCUGGGACAUUUGUCCUCCGCGUUCACGCCCUCGACGCAGACAUGGGGGUCAACGGAGAGGUCAAAUACGGGAUAAUGCACCGAGACGGGACAUCAUCCGGCUUCGUCAUCAACCCUGACACAGGUGUGAUUAGCACCACAGUGAGUUUCGACCGCGAGCGCCAGAGAGAGUACUCCCUGUCUGUCACGGCGACAGACCUGGCCCAGGAGCCCCUCAUCGGCAUCUGCCAGAUCACCAUCCUCAUCGCCGACCAGAACGACAACGACCCCAAGUUUGAGAACAGCCGCUACCAGUACUUCCUGCGCGAGGACACGCCGGUGGGGACUAGCUUCCUGCGAGCAGCGGCACACGAUGAUGACCAGGGGAGUAACGCCGCUAUCGCCUACUCUCUGUCCCGUCAGCAGCCGGCCUACCUGCACAUCAACCCCAGCACAGGCUGGGUGUACGUCAACCACCCCAUCUCACAGACGUCGAGGAUCAGCCAGCAGAUCGUGGCCACAGACGGGGGCAACAGGAGCAGCUCUGUGGAGCUGACCGUCAUCAUCACCAACGUGCACAACCAGCCUCCACAGUGGGGGCAGCUAGAGUACUGGGUCACCGUGCCCGAGAACACAGUUCGCGACGCCAAGAUAGUGACGAUCAAGGCCACUUCACCGCUGGGUGACCCUAGAGUGACCUAUAACCUUGAAGAGGGUCAGGUGCCAGAGACCAACAUGCCUGUCCGUUUCUACAUCAAACCCAACAGGGCUGAUGGCUCUGCAUCCAUACUGGUGGCUGAGCCUCUGGACUAUGAGACCACACGCUUCUUCACACUAAGGGUCAGAGUGCAGAACGUAGCUGCUGUUCCACUGGCCUCUUUUACUACCGUCUACGUCAAUGUUACAGAUGUAAACGACAACGUUCCCUUCUUCCUGUCCUCCACCUACGAGGCUACCGUUCCAGAGGGGGCAGAGAUCGGAACAUCGGUGGCCCAGGUUUCUGCUACGGACCUCGACUCAGGCCUCCAUGGAAUGAUAAACUAUGUGAUCUUGAAGGAUGAGAGUGGAGACUCUCAGUACUUCAGUAUUAACUCCUACACUGGGGUUAUACACACCCGGGCCUCGUUUGACCGUGAGCAGAAAGGUUCCUACCUCAUAGAGGUCCAGUCUCAGGACAGCUCCGAGUCAGCCAGGCCUGGACAGCAGGGCCAGCCCAACACUGACACGGCCUACGCACGGAUCCUUGUGACGGACGUCAACGACAACGCUCCGGCUUUCGCCCAAUCGGUGUACGAGGUGAGCGUGGAGGAAGACAAGGAGGUGGGCUUCGUCCUCAUCACCGUGACGGCCAAUGAUGAAGAUGAAGGUGCCAACGCCAAGCUCCGCUACCAGAUCACCUCUGGCAACACCAUGGGCACCUUUGACGUGGAGCCAGAGGUGGGCACCAUCUUUGUGGCCCAGCAUUUAGACUACGAGAUGGAGCAACGCUACGAGCUGAGACUGGUGGCCUCCGACGGGAAAUGGGAGAAUGAGAGCCUAGUGGUGGUCCAGGUGGUGAACCGCAACGAUGAGGCGCCCGUCUUCGGCCAGACAGAGUACCAUGCCGCUGUCACAGAGGAGCUGACCGAGCUGCCCGUCUUCGUGCUGGAGGUUUCAGCCACCGACCCAGACCAGGAGGCAGACCAGAGCGCCCUGCGCUACUCACUCCACGGCCAGGGAGCUGGCAGUGAGUUCACCAUCGAUGAGUGUACGGGCCGCAUCUACGCCCAACGCCGUCUGGACCGUGAGGAGCGCCCGGCUUGGCGUUUCCUGGUUCUGGCCACCGAUGAGGGAGGGGCGGGACUCACUGGCUUUGCUGACGUCCUUUUGGAAGUUCAUGACAUCAACGACAACGCACCAGUCUUCCCAUGCCAGGCGCCGGACGCUUCAGGCUGCUUUGUUGGCCACGUACCUGAGAACUCUCCCGCCGACACCUCAGUGAUGGAGAUAAGGGCCACGGAUUUAGAUGACCCCAAGGCCGGGAAGAACGCCAUACUGACCUACCGCAUCGUACAAAACGUUCGCAACGAGAUCAACCUCAAUCUGUUCUCCAUCAACCCUUCAACUGGAACCAUCAGUACAGUUCUACGGUCUCUGGACCGUGAGGCGGAGGACCGCUAUCUGGUUGUGGUUGAGGCCAGGGAUGGUGGGGGCUUGUCCGGGACUGGAACGGCUACUAUCAUGGUAUCAGAUGUGAAUGAUCAUCCACCAGUCUUCACCCAGAGGGUCUACAAUGCCCAGGUGGCGGAGGACCUAGAGGUGAACAGCGAGGUUCUGGCGGUUUCCGCCAGCGAUGGCGACCAGGGUGAGAACGCAGUGGUCACUUUCAGCAUCGUCGGAGGCGACGAGGACAGGAAGUUCUUUGUGGAGACGGACAAGGCGAACCGGCGUGGUGUGGUGCGGCUGAAGAAGAAGAUGGACUUUGAAAAGCCCCACGAGAGAACGUUCAACUUGACUGUGAAGGCAGAAGACGCAGACUUCUUCAGCCUGGCAUACUGCCUGGUUCAGGUGGAGGAUUCCAACGACCACGCACCCGUCUUCUUCCCACAGUUCUAUGAGGCUCCUGCCAUGUCUGAGGACGUGUCUGUUGGCACCAUUGUGGCUCAAGUCACCGCUGCCGAUCUGGACUCAGGACUAAAUGGCCGCUUCUCCUACAGCAUUGCCAAAGAGUCUGACCCCUACGGGCAGUUCCUGGUGGACCAGUCAGGCUGGGUGGUAGUGGCUGACUCUCUGGACCGGGAAAUGGUAUCCCAGCUCAGACUCAUGGUCCUGGCCACCGACACGGGCAUCCCGCCACUCACCGGCACCGCCAUCGUUAUGGUUACCGUACUGGACGUCAAUGACAACGGGCCAGAGUUUGAGGUGCCCUACAAGCCCAUUGUGUGGGAAAACAUGGCUGCCCCCCAGGCGGUGAGAAUAAACGAUACAUCCCUGCUUCUCCACGCAGCCGACCGCGACUCCUCACCCAAUGGUGGACCGUUUUCCAUCCGUCUCCUGAUGUUAACCUCCGAUGCUACCAGCUUCAACCUGACUGACCUACGCAACGGUAGCGCUGCACUGACUACCCUGCGAACCUUUGACCGUGAACGCCAGAAGGAGUACCGUCUUCCCAUUCUCAUGAUUGACAGCGGGUCUCCCCCAAUGAGCUCAACCAGCACAUUGACCGUUGUCAUCGGCGACAGGAAUGACCACCCCCACUCUCCGGGCCACACCGACUUCUUCGUGUACAGCUACCAUGGUGUUCUCCCCACAACAGUGCUUGGACAGGUUCAAUCCCCUGACCUUGACGACUGGAGCGAAAAGGUUUACAGAUUCCAAGGCAAACCCCCCAGCGGGUUGUUCAGUCUGAACCACAACUCAGGCCAGUUGAUUAUCAGAGAGGGGGCCCCUGUGCCGGUGGGUUCCUAUAGCCUCGAGGUGCGUGUCUCCGACAAGACCUGGCCCGACGUGACCUCCACUGCGGAGGUCGUUGUCAUGGAGCUGGACGAGGAGGCGGUCCAGAACGCUGGCUCUUUGCGCCUGUCCAACAUCACAGUGGAACAGUUCUUCAGUAGUGCACCGGGUCAGGAGAGUUCUUUCUCCCGCCUGGGUCGUCUCCUCUCCGAGCUUCUCCAGACCGACCGGGACAACGUCCACAUCUUCUCUGUCGCCAAUGGCAACCGCCAGGGUGAGCGCGAGGUCAACGUGUGGUUCGCCGCCCACGGCUCGCCGUACUACAAGGCCGAGAAACUCCAUGGCAAUGUGAUGGCGCAUAAAGCUAAGUUGGAAGCAGCGCUGGGUGUGUCUAUCUCCCAGGUGGGUAUAGACGAGUGUCCCUACACAGACUGCAGUCAGUCGGGCGGCUGCAGCAGCGACGUCACCUUCAGCCUCACCCCCACCGCCCUCAGCUCCGGGAACACCUCCCUGGUGUCUGUCUCCGCCUCCUCUGAGGCACGCUGCGGCUGCAGUGCCAGAGAGAGCCUGCACCAGGCCUGCUCCUCUUACCCCCGCAACCCCUGCCUCAACGGAGGCACCUGUCAGGACAGCGAGCUGGGAUACAGGUGCAAGUGUCCACCCAUGUUUGACGGGCCUGAGUGCCAGCAGACCAAGCACACCUUCCGCGGCCAGGGUUAUGCCUGGUUCCCUCCCAUCAGGCCUUGCUUUCAAAGCCACAUCUCAUUGGAGUUCAUAACCGAGUCAGCCAAUGGGCUGCUGCUCUACAACGGCCCUCUAGGCCCUGCCCAGGCCGGAGAGCAGGAGGACUACAUUGCUCUGGAAUUGAGGAAUGGCGUUCCGACCCUCAGCAUCAGCCAUGGAUCGGGAACACUGGCGGUGCAGCUCCCAGCGAGAUCCACCGUCACGGACCGCCGAUGGCACCGCCUGGACAUCGUCAGUGACGGAAAGGCAGUUCAACUGAUCCUAGACCAGUGUUCGGGGGCAGUGGUGAAUGAGGUGGAGGGUCUAGUGGUGGAGGUGCUGGAGACAGAUCAGUCUGGCUGCAAGGCUUCUGGCGAGACCCCUGGCAACCUGAGGUUCCUGAAUGUGAACCAGCCUCUCCAGCUGGGUGGGGUGAAGGAGACCUCCACACACAGACGCUACAAAGCUUUCACUGGCUGCCUCAGGAACCUGGUGGUCGAUAGCAAGGUGUAUGACCUGGGAAUUCCGGGGGAGAGCUUGGAUAGUUCCCCAGGCUGUGGCCUGACAGACGGGGUGUGUGUGACAGCAAGUGGACCCUCCUGUGGCGUCCACGGGACCUGCCUGGGCGAGUGGGGCUCCUUCAGCUGUGACUGUCACCCCGGGUACAGCGGGCACAAGUGUGACAAAGCUCUACCAGAGUGGUCCUUCGCCAGGGACAGUAUGCUACGCUACCAGCUGAGGGGGGGAGGUAGCCCCCGUCGUACACACAUCCAGCUCCUGCUCCGCACGCGCUCCUCCUCUGGCACCCUGCUCUCCAUGACGUCCCACGGUGCCAACGAGUACAUCAUCCUGGAGAUCGUAGACAGCCACCUGUCGGUGCGUGCCAACCUGGGCGACGGUGCCCACUCCCUCCGCCUGGCCAGCCAGCGGGUCGACGGGGGCCAGUGGGUCCUCGCCAGCUUGCAUCGUCAUGACAACCUCUUCACGCUGCGCCUGGAGCAGGGCGGUGGCUCGCGGGAGGCCAGGGCUUGGAUGGGGAACAGGCGGGAGAUUGUGGUGCACCCCUCCAGUGUGCUGCUGGGGAAUGGACCCACCCCGGGACAAUCUGCUGACUUCCAGGGCUGCCUGCGGGAUGUGAGGCUGAACGACCACUCCCUCCUUCUGGAUGGUCAGAGUACCGAGUUCAGCACGGUGUUGGAGCGGAGGGGGGUGACAUCAGGUUGUCACUCAGACGCCUGCAGUGCCAAGCCCUGCCGCAGCCCCCUCUACUGUGUGGACCUGUGGAGGAAACACCAGUGCAGGUGUCCAGGUGGCCAGGUGACGGUGACAGACGAGACAUCAGGCCACCACCGCUGUGUGCCCUCCCCCUGUGGACCCUCGGCCUGCCGUAACAGGGGCACCUGCCACGCCCUGACCCCUGACAGCUGGCAGUGCCGUUGCCCCGAGGGGUUCAGAGGUCAGCGUUGUGAGGUGGGCCAGAUGAAAGCCCACCGUAUGGCCGCCCUCAGCCCGGGCUCCAUCCUGGUCAUCAGCAUGUGUCUGCUCGUCUUCUUCGCUGUGCUGGUAGCUGUGACAGUGUGGAACCAGAAGGGCAGUCGUAGUAAGUUCCAGAAGAGGGGCGUGUACCACCUCCCUGCAGAACACCAGAGCUGGGAGGACAUCAGAGAGAACAUCCUCAACUACAACGAGGAGGGAGGAGGAGAGCAGGACCAGAAUGCCUAUGACAUCACAGAGCUGAAGAGGCCCCUGUGUUCCAGCCUGUCCCAGUCCUCAUCCUGCACCACCGCCCCUCUCAUCAAGUCCUCCCAGGGCUCCCAGGAGGAGGUGCACCCCGCUGGCUCAGCCUGUAGCUCAGGGACCCCCUACCUCCACAUCCCCCACCACCACCACCGCCAUCAACAUCACCACGCUAGCAAUGCUAGCUAUACUAAUGAUAGUAAUGAUGCUCAUGCUAUCUCCGUGGGCCACUGCCCCAUGGACUUCAAGAGCUACGUGGCGCGCAUCAUCUGGGAGGCCGACAACGACAGUCAGGAGUUCCCGCCGGACAGCUAUCAUGUCUGGAGCAUCGAGGGCGCCGGGUCCCCGGUCGGUAGCCUCAGCUCGCUGGGUUCUGCUAUCUCCCACGAUAAAGCAGAGGAAGAGGAGGGAGCAGCCUUCAGCUCUGAUUGGCUAUCCCACUGGGGGGACAAGUUUGAGGCUCUAAGUGAAAUGUACGAGCGGCCGGCGCUGGCGCUGACAUACAGGGACGCUUUGUGUUACAGCCAGAGUCAGAGGAGCCAUAGUCAGGACAACCUGCCACACCCUUUUUAGGGUAUUCAUAAACCACAACCCAUCAUACACUGCAACAUUGGCUGACUUAGUUCCUGCUAGUGAUUGUGUCUGGUGUGUCAAUGCUGGUUGGUAGUAAGGGAAAGAAAGCACACAGAAAAUUGGCUCCUGUUAUUUUUUUCUUCAUGUUGACAGGUUUGCUGAAGCUUUAUGUGGUGGAAGAGGGAGUACAACUCUUAGUGAGAUUAAUUAAUUUAUUCUGUUUUAUUUCUCUCGGUGAUGUGUUGAAACUGUAUUUAUUUUUGCUCUGAAAUGAUGUUGACCCAACAGGGACAAUGUUGUUCUUCUAUAUUAUAAGGACUUUGAACUUAAUGUGUCAAAUGUAUAUGUUACCGGUACCCAUUUAUUUUGUAUUCUAACGUUUUUGUUUCAGGCAUCCUAUUGGAUAAAGACAGUCAUGCCAGGGAAAUGGGCAAACGGAGAAGCUCUGAUGUGUUCCUUUACCACAUUCUAUCCUGUGAGAAUAUAUAUUAACAGCAGUUUUGCCCUACACAGGGGGAGUUCCCCUUCUUCAGUUCAUCAGGAGGUAGAUAUGAUCUCUAGGAGGAACCUUAUAUAACUAAAGGAAAAUGGAUUAGACGAAGAAAGCUGUCAAUCGUGUUGCUUGUUCCUUGAUAUGUGUAAGUUAUCCGUUCUCAUAUGCAAGAGAUUCUAGAGCCUCUAGACUAUUGUCAAAGACUUUCCCUUUCAAUCACGGUCUAAUUGCACUAGUGGAUGAUUCUCAGUCUUGAUUGCAGAAUCCAUUUGCCAAAAAAUAAGUACAAACCUUAAAAUGCUUAGAAUGGUAAAAGCAAUGUUGAUCUGCCUGGUGAGAAACCUUCACUUAGCAUCAAUUAUGUGUAUUAUAGAAUAUAGUGAUGGGUUUCAGAUAGGAAAUAUUUUUCUACUCCAAUAUAGACAUGAUGAACCCAGCCCUUGUGGUGCACUGUGUUGAUGUGUCUUACAAGGACCUGCUCUUUUCUUCUGUUUCUAGCUCUAUGUUGGUUCAGAGAUGGUGUUGUGUGAUGCCAAUCAUGUCUGAAACUUCCUGUCCUAUCGUCUUGGAAACAAGAGGGCAGGAUGACCCCACAGUGUUCUGACAACGUCUGAUGAAUGUUUUGUGCUAAAGGAGACAGGAAAUACAGGGAGGGGGUUGGCUGGGGAGGAAUAGUUGUGAGUAGUCAAAGAAAAGUCAAACAGUACAAUCACAGAAACUCCAUUGCCGACAAUUAUUUUAUAAUUGAUCUGAUGGAAAUGGUUCUAUUUUUGUUGCCGUAAGUAGACAGAAACUCCACAAAACUAGCUCUCCAAAAUGUCUUCACUUUACGAUUUUGUUCUUGAUAACUCUUAUAUAUAGCUGUAUAAACAAAUAUCACAUUUUUUCCAUGGCUGUAGAGUUACUGUGAUGCACAGUGGGGACAAAGUGAGAACCAGGAACACCUCACUAACAAACACACUGAUAAAAUCCCUUCUGGCUAUUGUCUCCACAUUUCAAAUGACUGGGGGUGCUUUGUGUUUGGUCCAAUUAUCGACUGCAUCCUUACAUUUUUUCCCCCCAUAUAACUUAACUGCAGUUGCUAUGUUUGCAUAUAUUAACCUAAAACUAUAGAUACAAUGGAUAAAUGGACACACAUGGACUCCAGAAGUCACAAACCCAGUAAGGCUUCACUCCUCGCAGCCCAGCGUCCCUACUUACUGUAUUCAGGACUCGAGGUCCUUGCCCCCAUGUUAUUAUGUGUAUAUAUAAUGUACAUAUCUACGUUUUAUAGCAACCUAACGUCAGAUAUUCAUUUUGUAUAUUACUUUUAAUAAAAAUGACUUUUCUUCAAGGCA